ACUUCAGAGACUUUCAUACCCUUUCUCUUUCUUUCUCUCUCUCUCUCUCUUUCGUCUCUUCCAUUCUCCUUUCAUGGACAAAGGUGGAGGACUCAGCUUAGAUUUCCUAUCCAAACCCAACUCGUUUCUUGACUCAGCGAUUCAACCCAAGAGGAAGCGAGAUCUCAUUGACUCCAUGAAUCAUCGAUUCUAUCUCGACUCAGCGGCUCCGAUCCGUGAUCAUGAGAAACGAAUGGAUGAGAUGGAUUUCUUCUCGGACAAGGCCCGAGUGCAAGAGACCGAUCUGAAGGUUCCCAGUCUCAAUCAUAUCAAGAAGGAGGACUCAGAUGAGGCUGCAAAUAGAUCGAAUUUCAACGUAAAUACGGGUUUAGGCCUUCUUACUGCCAAUAUGGGAAGCGAUCAAUCAACGGUGGAUGAUGGAGUGUCACCAAAUGGGGAUGAGAAACAAGGCAAAAAUGAGUUAGCAGCAUUGCAAGCUGAGCUAGAUCGCAUGUAUGAAGAGAAUGGGCGCUUGAAAGGAAUGCUUAAUCAAGUAGGAAACAAUUACAGCACCCUACAGAUGCAUUUUAUAUCGUUGAUGCAACGGCAGAAUCAGAAAAAUGAAAGCAACCAAGAACAUGAGGCUGUAGAUGAAAAAAUGGAAGAGAAGAAGCAUGAUCUUGGUGGUGGAGCAUUGAUGGUGCCAAGACAGUUCAUGGAUCUUGGUCCAGUGGCCACUGCAGAAACAGAUGAACCUUCUCAGUCUUCGUCGGAGGAGGAGAGAAGCCCUGACCGCUCUGCAUCUCCUCACAACAAUGCUGAAGUAGCAUCCAAUGAAUUCCACAUCACCAACAAUGGUAAAGAAAUAGUUCCUUUGGAUCAUGACAAUGCCACUGAUGGUAGAGGAAACAACAGAGAAGAAACCCCCGACGGUUGGGUCCAGAACAAAGUCCCCAAGAUGGCUUCACCCAAGAAUGUAGAACAAUCCACAGAAGCCACAAUGAGGAAAGCUCGUGUCUCCGUUCGAGCCCGAUCGGAAGCGCCCAUGAUCACAGACGGAUGCCAAUGGCGAAAAUAUGGGCAAAAGAUGGCGAAGGGAAACCCGUGCCCACGAGCUUAUUAUCGUUGCACAAUGGCGGUCGGAUGUCCGGUUCGCAAACAGGUCCAAAGAUGUGCCGAGGAUCGGUCAAUACUAAUAACUACAUAUGAAGGGAACCACAACCACCCACUUCCUCCGGCCGCCAUGGCCAUGGCGUCUACUACAUCGGCAGCAGUGGGCAUGCUGCUCUCUGGAUCAAUGUCAAGCAGUGACGGGCUAAUGAAUCCAAAUUUCUUGGCGAGGACAAUCUUGCCUUGUUCAUCAAACAUGGCGACGAUAUCCGCUUCGGCACCAUUUCCAACGGUCACAUUAGACCUCACCCACACUCCCAGCCCCUUGCAAUUCCAAAGGCCACCCACAACCCAAUUCCCAGUGCCACUCUCAAAUGCACCUCAAGGAUUUACAUCGCCGCCGACGCCACCCAUCCCACAGAUAUUUGGCCAAUCUCUCUAUAACCAAUCAAAAUUCUGUAGCCUUCAGGUCUCGCCAAACACAGACAUGGCCCAGUUCUCACACCCACAGCAAAUGCAACAGCCGGCCUUGUCGGCGGACACUGUUAAUGCGGCGACCGCAGCGAUCACGGCGGAUCCAAACUUCACGGCCGCUCUCGCAGCCGCCAUCUCUUCGAUCAUUGGUGGGGCCCACCAGACUAGCAACAACAUCUCCACCACCACUACCAAUAACAAUGACAAAAUCAGCAAUACCAGCUUUCCAUCCAAUUGAAUGUUGGUUGUGGUUUUUUUUUUUUUGGUUAAUCUCUUUUUCUUUAUUUUUCUUACUUUACUGGGGAGGAAAUUGAGAAAAUGUAUACAUGGGUGUUCUAUCUUUUGUGUUGUUGAAAGGAUAUGACACAAAUUCCAUUCUUUCUUAUUGUUUUACAUUGAAUAAUGAAAAAUAGAUGGAUUUUCUGUA